CAACUGUGCUGUAUUAAGGAGCGGACUGUAAACCGCAAGAGUCCGGUGACCUGUGCGGUCCGCGCCGCUGUUGUGUGUGCUCAUGACGACUCUGACGGAUUAGUUUUCACGUCGGGCGCUCGGGAGGUUGUUGUCAAACAGCCCGCAGGACACCGCGCGGCUGGCGGGAUGCGCCAGGCAAACAUAGGCGACACGAUUCCCUGCGGGGCAAAAAAAGUAGUGCGGCCGAUGAAGAGCACCACGGGUCGCUCUUAGAGAUCAGCUGGAGCGACGAGUCCUUCAACAAAAAAAAAGGAGGGGGGGGGGGAGGAAAUCCCCAAACACCAGCGGCCAGUGUAAGCACUCCGCAUAGCAGCCGUGUGACGGGCCGAGGAGGAGCAGGACGUCAGCCAGUCUGCACGGAGCAGAUCCGGCCACGCUGAGGAGACUGUGGGACAAGUUCAGGGGCAGCGGAGGGGGGAGCGGAGGGCGUUGGAGGAGAGAGGAGCCGAUGGCGGGGGAGACCACGUUAGGACAUACCUUACAGCCUGUGGUGUAAAACCCGUCCCCGGGGGGGGGGGGCGGAGGUUCAGACUAGAUCCAGAGAGACCUACAGAGACCUGCUUACGGGCUUGACGGGCCCAGAGUCUGCGCGGCGAGGAGCGGCGCGCGGCAAGUCUGUCGAAGUGGUUUCCAGCGGAACGUUGAAGCGGACCGAGCAGCGGUCAUGUUGCCGGUGAUCCUGACAGUAUACUUAAACGACAGCCAGCAGAUGCUGACUGAGGUACCUGUUACCCCGGCAACCAGGGUAAUUGAUGUAGUGGAGUACUGUAAGGAGGCGGGGGAAGGAGAGUGUCACCUCGCUGAAGUAUGGAGUGGGCAUGAGAGGGUUCUCCCGCAGGAAUUGCUGUUGUUGGACCUCCUCCAGCAAUGGGGAGCUAGGAGGCCGGAGGUCAGCUUCUACUUAAGACACCACCCUUCCUGGACACAAGGUACUCGGCAGCCUUUGGAUAAGAGCAGCAUAGCGGGUGGAAUGGAGCUACCUAAUGACAACAAGGUUCCCCGUGUAGAGCUGACCCUCUCUGAGCUCCAGGAAAUGGCCACAAGACAGCAGCAACAAAUAGAGGCUCAGCAACAGAAGUUGGUCGCUAAGGAACAGAGACUGAGGUAUCUCCAGCAUGGAGGCAAAUCUAAUCAGUCUGAGGCUGAGAAGCUGCAGCGCCUGAAGGAGAGGGUGGAGAGCCAGGAGGCCAAGCUGAAGAAGAUUCGAGCCAUGAGAGGACAGGUCGACUACAGCAAACUGAUUAACGGGAACCUCUCUGCAGAGAUAGAUCAUGUCAGCAGUCUGUUCCAGGAGAAGCAUGCCGAGCUGCAGUCUGCUGUACUAAGAGUCGACCAGCUGACUCAGCAGUUGGAGGAUUUGAGGAGGGGCCGUCUUCAUUUGCAUGCCGUCGCAUCAAAACAAGAGACCCCCGGUGGAUCGCAGGGCACUCCGACGGGUCAGGAGGGGACGCCCCUCUCCGGCCCCGCCGCUCUGGAGCUGCGCAAACUGUACCAGGAACUGCAGACUCGAAACCGUCACAAUCUGGAGCAGAGCAGUAAGCUGGCCCAGAACAAGGAUUUGCUAAACAAGAGGAAUUCCCAGGUGUCGGUGAUGGACAAACGCAUAGGAGACCUCAGAGAACGGCUCCACAGGAAGAGAGCAGAGUUGAGUCGUAUGAAUGGAGGGGGCCCCCCCUGCCCGCAGUCCUCCCCCCACUCCAGCAGCGGUGUUUCAGGGCGUGUGGCGGCUGUCUGUCCCUACAUCCAGGUCCCCACCGGGGGGAGGCAGGAGACAGGGUUCCCCCUGCCCUCUGACCCCUCGCUGAAAGCCACCCCACUGAGCCACAUCUGCUCCCAGUCAGCUAAUGAAUCUUCGUGGCCCGGUAUCAGUAAGGGUCUGCCCGAGUGGAGGACCACAAGUCCAGAACAGCUUCCUCACGUUUAUGGGACCUAUCCCAGUGCCACCCACCAGGCUGCAGCGCAUCACUGUGCCACCAGCUCACUGCCCCGCUCUGCCCCGGGCACAUUAGGCUGGCACAGAGCAGGUGCUGUUAAGGCCUCGACCUCCCCCUCUUCACCGUUACCGUCCUCCCAGCAAAUACAGCAGCGCAUCUCCGUCCCUCCUACACCCCCUCCAGGUUCUACCACCACACCCCAGACCUCCCCUCUUCCCCAUUCCCCCCAGACGGACAGACCCGAGCCCCCUCCCGCCGUGGCCGUGCGUCCCUAUGUACCCGACCACCCGUCCAGGCCCCAGUCCCCUAGGAAGGGACCAGCCACCAUGAACAGCAGCUCCAUCUACAGCAUGUACCUUCAUCAGCCCCAGACUAAGAAUUAUGGGUCACUCAGCAAUAGGAUUUCUGUCAAAGCAGUUUAUGGCAAGCCUGUCCGCCCCACCUCCUCCACCUCUCCUUCCCCCGUUCCUUUCCUCCAGGUGGGAGGGGAGGGCGGCGGCGGAGGAGGAGGAGGGGAGGACAUCACGGACAGGGAGUUGUUUGGAGGAGGACGAGUUGGAGAAGGAGAGAGCAGCGAGCGGCAGCUCCUCCCACCUCCCAGCGUGGACAACAUCCCUCGCCCCCUAAGCCCCACCAAGCUCACCCCCGUAGCCCACUCCCCGCUGCGGUACCAGAAUGAUGCCGACCUGGAUGCACUUCGCCGCCGCUUUAGCAAUGCACCGCGCCCCCUGAAGAAGCGCAGCUCCAUCACAGAACCAGAGGGUCCCCAAGGGCCCAACAUCCAGAAGCUUCUCUACCAGAGGUUCAACACACUGGCUGGGGGUAUGGAAGGAGGGGCAGGGAACCCAUUCUACCAGCCUGACUGCCUAUUGGGCAAUGUGGACAACAUCCACUCAGCCAAUGUCGAACCAACAGACAGAGAUGCUACUAUGGCGGCCGUGGAGUCUGAAAGUAAGAAUCUGAACACAGACGCCCAUCGCCUGUCUCCGCCUUUUGUUUCCGAAGAAACAGCCAAUGACGCGACAGAGAAAGCAAGAGCAGCUGAAAGUGUGCCUCCACCAGUCCAGCCCAGCCCGCCCCCUGCACCUGAAAAGCUGGAGGACCAGAACAAUAACAACCAGAGGGGUCCUAGUCCCACCCACAGCCCUGUAGGCCACACCUCCUCUCCUUCACCCACUACCUCCAUUUCUCCUGCCCCGCCUAAGGCGAAGCGUACCAACCUGAAAAAGCCAUCGUCAGAACGCACAGGACAUGGGCUGAGAGUCAAGUUUAAUCCCCUAGCACUGCUAUUGGAUGCGUCGCUAGAGGGAGAGUUUGACCUAGUGCAGAGGAUAAUUUAUGAGGUCGAGAAUCCCAGUACUCCUAAUGAUGAAGGUAUAACUCCUCUUCAUAAUGCUGUCUGCGCUGGCCAUCAUCACAUUGUUAAGUUCCUGCUGGACUUUGGAGUAAAUGUCAAUGCAGCUGACAGUGACGGCUGGACGCCGCUUCACUGCGCUGCCUCCUGUAACAGUGUACACCUCUGUAAGAUACUGGUGGAGUCAGGGGCAGCCAUCUUUGCCACCACCAUUAGUGACGUUGAAACAGCGGCAGACAAAUGUGAAGAAAUGGAGGAGGGCUACACGCAAUGUUCUCAGUUCCUCUAUGGUGUACAGGAGAAGUUGGGUGUAAUGAACAAAGGUUCGGUCUACGCUCUCUGGGACUACACUUCCCAGCAAGCCGAUGAGUUGUCCUUCAGCGAGGGCGACGCGCUCUCCGUGCUGCGUCGCUCCGAUGACACAGAGACAGAAUGGUGGUGGGCUCGACUCAACGACCGUGAGGGAUAUGUACCCAGGAAUCUGCUAGGGCUGUAUCCAAGGAUCAAACCCAGACAACGCUCACUGGCAUAGAGUGCAGACCGACACGCCAGUGCAAAAUCACCGAGCUGUGCACCAGAAGAUGAGGAACGACAAUGUCGGGUCGCAACAUCGAUUUCUCUCGCGCACCAAGAAAGAAGGCGAGAAAGAAAGCGGGGCGUUGACGAGAAAGCAGAGGAAGGGAAAAUCGGUAGGGGAGGGAUAAAAGAAGACGCGUGGGAAUGGGGAGGUAAAGAGGUCAUAUAUGGAAGCUGUCAGGGAGAGUUUGUCUUUGUUUAACAUCAUUUCAAUGACGGGGGUUAUGUUUCCACAGCACCUCGCACCAGUUCUGUUGAAGCAACAUUUUUUUUUCCUUGUGUUUCGUCACACCGCUCUCUUCAUACGGAAAAACUGUAAAAGCAGCUUUCACCAAUUCAUUCAUCACACUUGAUCAGACUUGACACAGAAUGGAAAACAUCUAGAACAUCCUCACAUAACAGCAUUUCGAUACAGCGUCGUGCACGAAAUCAGUUCAGUCGGCUCGAAAAACCAGAUGAGCGUCCGCGGUGUCGACCGACACGGCGCAUGUUCACGAGACACUUUCCACGUGUGGUUCCUGUAAUUCUCAGAAGGGUCCGCUGAUGUGAAGUUGAGACAACUGAGAUGAUGUGAAAUAGAAGCUAGUUUGCCGACCAAGUCGAGUGAAAGGAAGGGUGAGCAACGGUCUGAAAUCGGAGUUGAAUUAGAGAGAAGAGAGAGAGGAUGGCGUAAACAUAGCAGUGUCGUACGUGUGUUUAGCUGCGCCGGAUUCCAGUCGAAUGCAGUCAGCAGAGAAUGUCUUCAGCCAUGUUGGAAAUGAGAGGGUUAUGAAAGUGCUUUUGAGAGGCGGGGGGAAGGAAGAGAGGGGAGGAGAGAAAGUUGAAAUGGAAAUGGGAAAUGAACGUCAAUUAGUCGAGCCAAAUUACCGCCGUACCAUGGUUUAGUAACGGGAGAGAGGAGCAGGGGUCAAGUGAUGCGUCUGAGUGGAUAUCAUCUCUGUAUGAAAACUUCACUUUGUAUUGAUUUCACACAAUACCUGGCCCAGGGCAUCGGAGAACAGUUUUUCCCCAGUCUUCUUAUCGCUCUUCUAGUCUUUCGAUACUCACUACCGUACAAGCAGUACGAAGUGAAACAAAACAAAACAUAUCUAGAGCAUUUCCAAACCUUCCCCUCACCCCUUCCUGCCCCAAUGCAGGCCACGAGACACAGAGGUGGUCAGAAAAAGGAUAGAAGAGGAGUCUGAAAAGGACAAUUCGCUUUAUUCACCUCGGUGGCAUGUUUGUUUAACUGAUAUGAUGAGGGGGAUUAGACACGGAGGUGCCAUGGAAUCCGGCGUUAAAGCUCUGUUGUGAAAAUACAAGAGGAGGAUUCGUCACAGCCACAGCAGGAAAUCCCCUCAGGAGCUACGGUGAAACGUUUGCCAUGGCUGAGAUGUUUUCUUGCCAUUGUUUCAUGAAGGAAAGUGAUCGGCCGAGCGGUCGUUCACCUUCAUUCAUUUUCUAUCAUGGAGACCACGACGCUUAAACACAUUUGGAGUCUUUUAAUCAGGGCUUUGGUAUUGUGCUAGCCUGAUGUCUGUCAUGUCAUCCAACACUAACGGAGAUGUCACAUUGGAGUCUGGCACUUCCCCGUGUAAUCCGCCUCAUGAUGCCAGUUAAGCGAACACGGCGC